AACAGCAUUUGCAACUGCUUCACCUCAGGUAAAUCAUUCCUAUAUGCAGACGACCUCAAUGUCGUUUACUCCUGCUACGCUCAUGAACUAAGCGAUAUGGUGAAUAAAAUGCAUCUUGAACUAAGUAGUCUCGCAACAUGGUGUACUGAAUCCUGUCCAAAGUUCAACAUUGAUAAAUGCGGCUGGAUUUGUAUCGGAAACAGUAACCUUGACCUGAAUCUUGAAAUAAAUGGGCGUAAACUAGCCAAGCUCACCUCAGUCGUAGAUCUCGGCAUCAGAUACUCUAGUAACUUAACGUUCUCUGAACAAACUGAUUAUGCCAGACGUAAAUCACGAAGGCUCCUGGGAUGCAUAACUCGCAAUUUCAUUCGUUGUGAAACUAGGGUUUUAUUAUAUAAAGUAUGUGUCCGACCUAUUUUAGAAUACUGCCCGUUUAUUCUUAGCGGACUCAGACAAAAUGACAAGCUUAAGUUAGAAGGAGUGCAACGCCAAUUCACCUUAAGAAUUCUUCGUUUAGAAAGUGGUCUCGAAUACUAUGAACGUUGCGACAGACUAAGUUUAGAACCACUCUGGAAAAGACGUCUUAAGCUGAACCUAAUUUUUUACUACAAGCUAACUAAUCUGCUCGUGCACUCCUCCGAGCCAAUAAUUAAACCUACCGCUGUCAUCAGUUACAAUCUUAGAAAUCACCACAACCUAGCUGCUAUAGAGCAUUGUCAGACUUACAUGCGGUAUAAUUUCUUCUUAAAUAAGUUUUCAGUCAUUUGGAAUAGACUACCAGCUGAUGUGCGCGAUGCAAACACACUCGCAGUGUUCAUCUCCUCAGUCACCAGACUGCUCAAAGAUGACAGUGCACUUCUGCGUCUGAACCCUACACCCACUUUUUUGCCAAACAUAGAUAUUUUAAGUUCAUUAAACGUGUAGUUACAACAAACUACAAUUAUAAAAUUUUAUAUUAUUGGAAGUACAUGAUAGACAUUUUUACACAGGACAAUAAUAUUAGUUCACACAAUAAAAAGUUAGCAUCACGGGAAUAGUUAGUUAGUGCACCAAAAUAACUAUAAUUACUAAACAGAAUAUAAAUGUAUAUAUACAUAUUAAUCACCCUCUAAGUACUCCACUUGUUUUCUUUUGCGUUGUUGUUGUUUGUCUUCUUUUGUCUCUCACCAUUUCAGCUUCCAUUUGACUUUUUGAAUGAGAAUGAAGAAUGUGAAUAUUUGCCCAUUUACAAUGACAAAUGAUCUGCAAACAUUAUUGGUCCCAUAUCUUACAACUCCCUCGUGAAUUGCGCAUUG